UACAGUGUAAAAGGAUAGUUGCACAGUUCUUUGGGCAUAUACCGUGCAUGUGACCAGUCAAUCGGAGCAGUGAGACACAGCAGGCCCCCCCGACCAAUUAAUUGGAAGUGUCGCCUCAGCGCUAGGGCUUGUUCUCACCUUCUAUAGCACAACAGACACAUUCUUGUUACUAGUUCACCUGCUGGGGCCCGAGGUCAGGUUUCCCAGUAGGCCGCAGGGAAUUACAGAGCCGAGCCAUUUCUCUGCCGCCAUGAUGAGCUAGUGGAGGUCGAUUUCAGCAUGCCUCUGGCUAAAGACGCACAGCAGAUGAGCUGAGAAAAUAUAGCCCGUGCUUUACCUUGCUUUACUAAACUACAUCAGAUGAUAAAACACAACUGAUAGUCUUUCUCAGUUUCUUCCCGAAACCUAAGAUGCAUCACUCAUUCAUUUGACAUUUAGAUACACAACUUGUUAAGAUAUCAGAUUAUGAGAAUCUAAGCCGGGGACGCAUCAAUCAUGACUCCAAUGUGAAAAUAGAAUGUGAAAUAGGACGGAACGGCGCACAUUUUGUUCCGGCAGAAGGCUCUCAGCUCGGCGGCUGUACCACAUCCUUGUGUGUACUGCCCCGUCCAGUGAAAAAACUGUUGACUAUGCAAAAACACUGUCCUCCAAGCAGUCGGGAGUCAGGGUGCCCUCGCUGACCCAAUAUGGGUCGAUGGGUACAGGUUGCUGGGUGACACGAUCCAGCAGAGGACGACUGAGUGGGAACGAAGAGAGGGGGAGGGAGAAGUGGAGAAACAGCUAAAUGAAGACAGGAUUUCUGGAUUUAAACACCAUCCGUCCAUCUCUGUAUAUCUUUUCUCCCAUCUCUCACCCACCACUUCACCUCCUUUCUUUCCUAUCCACUCUCAAUGGAAGCAGAGAUGGACUGAAUGGUGACGUUGUCGCCUCCUGGGAACAACAUCAUGAUGCUGCCCGGGUGUGUAAAGCAGAACUCCAGCAUCAGUGAUUUUGUUGCCAGGGGGGAGGACUGUACCAGCAGGAAUUCCCAUAAUACUGGUCAGAAGUUAGGUAAUAAUAAUGACUGCAGUAAUGAUGAUGAAUAAUCGGUAUCACAGUACAACGGUCAGCAGCAGCAGAAAUGGACGGACAUGUACAGCAGCAUUAGGACAGAAAUAGUAGUGGAUAUAUUUUUAGAUUAGUAGUGUUAUAUAUUUAUUUCCAUCCGUGAAAGUUAUAAUAGCAUCAGUGGUACUCUUAUGUUUGUUAGCCAAAUGUAAAAUGACAAACUACCGGAUGAGUUGUUUCUUUUUCACAGAACAAGCUGAAGAGCACUGCGCCAGUGCUGCCACAACCUGCUAUUCUGCUUGCAGCCUCUAGAGAGAGCUAAUGGUCACCUUUGCAAGUGGUGAAAUCAUGAGCAAAAAAACACUGCACAUUUGAAGGGCUUCCAAGCAUUUGAUCCACAAAUACUUAAAUAAAAUGAAAAAAUAAAUAAAAAUAAGUGUCAACCCUUUCAGUUUGGACACUAGUCAGAUCAAGUUAAUUCAGAAAAACUCCGGCAGUUGACAAAUAUUCUGCACAAUCGUGGAAGAAGGAAUGUGAAACAUAAAAUAUACUAUAGUAAGAUACAAUUAAAUUAAAUUAAUUUCCCUUGUGUUAUGUCGUGGCUUUUAGGUGUCCUCGGGUCCUCCCUUCAACCGAAGGGAAACAAUCAAUGGAAAAAAGGUAGAUGAUUCCAAAACCGGGUCAACUACCGCAAACGUACCCUCACCUUUAUUACAACUUGACCUCGACCAGGGAACAGCCAUGGAGAGAUCCCCCCCACCUCCAUCUGUCUUUUUCUAUGCAUCCCUCUCUCCUCUCUUUUCCGUCCAUAGGUUCAGCUCGUGUCUCCCGGUGCCCUCGCUGAGCUUUCUGCCGUGCGGUUCAAAGCCACGGGGGGGAAUGAGUGGGGCUCACAGAGUGCAAGAGAUAGACCACUCCGGGGGUGGCGUUGUUCUGGUGGUUUCACUGGAUGGUGUGAACUGGUUUCACAGAAAGAGAUGCCGUGACAAAGGAAGGACGAAACGGAAUGAAGACCUCCAGUUCUGGAUUUCUUCAGGUCAGAUGGCGCUGGUUGACGAGAAGCGGCAGCUGACCACUCGAAUCCCUGACCAACGAGGAAGAGCAGGCCUUAACUUGUGGAGGAACAUUGAACGCAGAUUAAGCCCAUGGUCAUCAUCCUUCCCUCUCUCUCCUCAGCGCUGUUGUCUUCUAGAGGCGCCUCACCAGCACUCAGCAUUAACUUCUUCUGUCUCAGAGUGUCCAAAGGAGGCUUCAUGGAAAACAUUUAUCUUAAAUAUGUGGGACAUUUUCACUUUGAUCACAAGGAAUGUAAAUUUAACAACCCGGCAUCAUGUUCUUACAAUGAAUCACCCAAAGAGGUUGAUCAUUUUCUGCGAUGAGGAUAUACCCGUGCAGCUUUAUAAUGACAUAAGCAGCACUCAAGAUUACAGGACAAUCAUAGGAACUACUGGUUGUAGUGAUAACAACAAUGUGUCCAUUCAUUUAAAAAAUGCCUAUUUACCCUCUGAUCUUAACAAUAACUCUGAGGAGGAUCACAGUGAAGUGUUUCAUGAGGAGAAUCUUAAUAUACGCACCCGUAAAGGUCUUUUAAAAUCCUAUCAAAACUACAAUCGUCCAGGAGAGUCAUCUAAAAGGGACAGGAAACUGAGGAGGAGUGUGUCCUUCGAUGAUGACGUCACGGUCCUCCUGUUUGAUAAGGAGGGUCCCACCAUGGAGCUGCGCCCUGAGCCCUCCACAUCUCUGCCAAACACCGCUACCUUCAACCUGCCAGAUGUCCCAUUAGACGACUGUGGCCUGGAGUGGGAAGACGACUUCUCAGCUCUGGAGUGGAGCUGGCACCUCCAGCGCGUCAGUCGCUCUCUGCACUCCACCCUUUCCCCGUCAACACCGAGCUGGACUGCUGCGUCCAGGCUGCAGCGGUACCUCCCGUCUCAAACCUGUCUCUUCCUCACCCAUGUCGCUGAGUCAGACCUCGAGCUGUGAGAUAAACAGCCGGUGUCACACACACACACACAAACACACACACACACACACACACACACACACACACACACACACACGCACACACACUGAGCUACAGGUGCUGAUGUCUAUGACACAGUGGCAGUCAAACCCCACCUUUCUAUCACGCUGGCUGCCUUCAGCCAAAGGCCAUCUCACUGUCACCGUGGCCCAAUGUGACAUCCACGCUUGUUUUUCUUUCAGACGGCCAGCCUUGGUCUAAUGGAAAAACUGACUAAUCGUCCAGAUCUACGUCCUCUUCACCUCCUCCGACUCAUCUACCCCCACCUCCCUCCUCUUUUACGAUGUGUCAGGGAUUGUAAUGGCUUUUUCCCUUCUUUUUUUUUCUCUUUCAUUCUCUCUCUCUCUCGGCCCCAAAUGGAUUCAAAGCACCUGCUGUUCAUGACAUCACAGCGCUGCAGGACUGUGUGACAGUGCAUUCAGCUUGAACAGUUGACACAACCACUGGCUUGAUGAUGUGAAAAAAAACAGGAGGUUGCUUAACAGCGCUGGUACCUUUCCAGCUGCAGACCUCUUUGGGACCUGCUUGUUUUUGCCAGGUUUCGUCCUUGGACCUGAGCGAUAAAACAGGGGCAUAUAUAAUGUCGUUUCCAACUUUUAUAAGGUCAUAGUUUUAACGUGUCUGAAACCGAAUUCUACGUUUAAAUGGGUUUAGAUUCAAGAAAUUCCCGGUUUAUCUUGUUAGGAUGUUGUUUAUACAGUUUGUUUUGCUCAAACAGAGCAUGCUUGUGGAAGCCCUGUUUGCCUGCCUCAUUACUGAAGUGUAUUCAGCCCAGAAUUUAUCAGAGGCUGUGGCUGAAUAAACAGUGGGAGCCUUAGGGGCCAAAGGAGGCAGAAACUGAACAAACUCAAAGUAAAAGAUAAUGUUUCCACAGAGGGCCGGCAUCGGCGAGGCUCGGUUGAUUAGAUACAGUGUACCUGAGGAGCAGAGGAAAGCUGGCAGGACCAGUCCUCACAAACAAACACACAUAAACACACACACACUCACAAAGCUCAAGGACACAUAAGCUAAAAGUGUUUGUUUUCUCAGAGCUGGGAGAAACACACAUGUAAAGUGUUAUUGUUGUUAAACCCUCAUGAUAUUUUAACAUCACUGUCAAUGUAAAAGCCAAAUGACUCUGGUGUUCCUCAUGUGACUCCAUUCAAUAAAAGAUUUUAACUUUG